AUGCCUCGACGAAAGCGGAAGGGAAGGGCAGCCAAAGCUGCUCGUCGUGGACAGCUUGGCCUUGGUGGAGCUGCUCCAAGGAGGCAUCGAAAGGCCAAGAAAGAUGAGGAUGCGUUAGACGAACAAGAGCGAGCCAUGAAGCAAAUUAGGGCUGCAGGAGCUGCAAAAGCAGCGGAAGUGGAGAAGGCCAAACAACCUCACUCCUUCAUUAUCCAUCGCGGUGCUGUUGGAAAAUACGUCAAGGCUUUGGAACACGACAUUCGGCAAAUUAUGGAUCCUUUCACUGCGAAGCACCUGAAGACUUUGAAACGCAACAACAUCAAAGAUUUCGUUGUUCAUGGUGCCAUUCUUGGUGUCACAAAUAUGAUGGUAUUAACUACUAGCGAAACAUCUGUUCAGUUACGAAUGAUGCGUUUCAAUCAAGGACCUACGCUUACUUUUCGA